AUGACAACAUCUUUGUUCAUCUUGAUAUUUUCUUUUAAUAAUAUUGUAUGGAUUAUUUAUGGUGUGAGAAUUGCGGUACUAUUGCCAACCGAUCUCACAUCACCAUAUGCUAUGGUAAAAGUAAAACCAGCAAUUGAUUUAGCUGUCAAAGAAGUUACUAAUCGACAGUUAUUAAUAAAUCAAACUAUACAAGUUCGAUAUGGUGAUACUAAUAAUUCAUAUAUUUUGGGACCAUUAAUUGCAAUUGAUUUUUAUGCAAAACAGCAAGCUGAUGUAUUUUUAGGCCCAGUUGAUGGACCGGGUCUGGCUGCUGUUGCAAGGUAUUCACCUCAUUGGAAAAUUCCUGUGAUAAGUCCCGGUGGGGGUUUUAAUUAUCAUUUUGAUAAUAAGAAAGAAUAUCAAUUAUUAACACGAAUGCUACAUUCAUCAAAGACAAUUGUACGUUUCAUAUCGCGUAAUAUAUUACCACAUUUUAAUUGGACCGUAGUAAGGAUUAUUGCUGAACGAAAUAUAGCUGAAGCACAAAGUGAAUGUUAUAUGUUGAUGGGUGCAUUAUGUCGAGCAGUAAAAAAUUCAAGUGCUAGUGCGGAAAUGAAAGAGACAUGUUCACAUUCAAUAUUCGAUAUUGAUUAUAAACUAAGAAAUGAAACGAGAGAAAAAUUAAAUAAAACAUUAAAAGAUGCAAAAAAAGAAGCUAGAAUUUUACUAACAUGUAUGGAUUCAAAUUUAUUUCGCGAAUUUAUGCUUACAGCACACAGUCUUGAUAUGAUUAAUGGUGAAUACGUAUUUAUCUACUUGGAUAUAUUUCGACUUCUAAGAAAAGAUUUAAGCUUGCUAAAUUGGAAAAGAAGUGAUGUAAGUGAAACUGAGAAUAAAAAGAUUCGCCGAGCAUUUGAAACCGUGCUGAUUAUCGGUUUCAAAGAACCGGAUACCGACAAAUAUCAACGAUUCUCAGAUAAAGUAUUUGAACAAACAACAAUAACAAAUCAAUCGUCAUUAUCGAAUAAAUUAGUUAAUCCUUAUGUAGCUACAUUUUAUGACGCUGUUCUUCUCUAUGCAUAUGGCUUAAAUCGAACUAUUGCUACGCAUGGAAAUGCAAGUGACGGUUUCAGUGUCGUUAAAAAUAUGUGGAAUUCUAGUUUUGAAGGUUCAAAUGGUAUCGUUCAAAUUAGUGAAACUGGAGAUCCAGUAAGCGAUUAUUCACUGUUUGAUCUCGAUCCAGAUACAGAUGAAUUUUUGGAAGUUGGUACAUACUUUGGCGUAAAUUCAACAUUUGUUUCGUUACGUGAAAUUUACUGGAUCGAUAAACUAACGAAAACUCCAAAUGACAUUCCAUUCUGUGGCUUUGAUGGGAGUCGAUGUAUUCAACCAAAAAAUCCAUUUUUGGCUUGGAUAUAUUUUACAGCAAUUGUGAGUUUGCUCGUGAUAGUAUUAACAUUGUUGGCAACAUGGUAUUACAAGUAAGCAAACAAUAAAACAUCUAGCGCCUCCUCCCUAAUGUACCUUCAUACUUUGCUAGUACCGGCGUCAAAAAAGCAGUGCACUCGGAUGUUUUCUGAAUAACGUUUGAUCGGAAUGAGCUAGAGAGUUCUGAUUUUUCAUCAUUUUGAAAUAAAUUCAUGGGGCCAUCGAACGACCUAAAAAUGAUCUGAAAACUACAAGUUUCAGGUGAUGUACUUUCUCGAACAAAACGUUCGGCAGUGCCAUGGAAAGGAUUCUAGAUAAAAUUUUUGUCCUAAAUUUACAUCUGGAUAAAGCAACGUUUGCUCUACAAAACUACACAAGUCCGAGACCUCUAUCUUUUUUGUUGGGAAGCUAUAGGUUUUUGAGUCUUUUUCGGAAAACAAACAUCGCCAGGAGAAUCGGCAUAGCAUAGUUGAAAACCUAUGUUUGCAUAUAUUACUGAGGAUCCAAAUCCCAAAGAUGGUCGGUUCCAAGGAUGCCCAAGUGGUUACAGUAAAAUGCCUAUAGCUUCCAAACAAAAAAGAUAGAGGUCUCGGACUUGGGUAGUUUUGUAGAGCAAACGUUGCUUUAUCUAGAUGUAAAUUU